CAGUUGCCUAGCAAAAUUUGUGACGUUAAGUUUUCAAACAAACUUUUAGAUAACUUUUUCAAGUAGAGUUCCGUGGCAGUAGGAAAAGAUGGCAAGCGCCACAUGUCUGUGCAGCUCAAAAAAGGAAUCGCGUGUGCAUGUCAUCUACACCGGAGGUUCUAUUGGCAUGAUGCGCAAUGAUGCGGGCGCCUUGGUGGCCAUAAAAAAUGAGUUAUUCAACCGACUGCGCGAAUAUCCCUGCUGCCACGAUAAAACCUACAAGCAGUCCAGCGAAAAUGAAGAUCAGUGGCUGGUUUUGCCAACAGUGGAAGGCGAAUUACGUGUGCUGUAUGAUUUGGAUGAAUAUACGUCGGUAACGGACUCUAGCUGCAUGAACGCGAAGGACUGGCAACGCAUAGCCAACGACGUGGGCGACGCCUACCAUCGAUACGAUGGUUUCGUUAUACUGCAUGGAACGGACACCAUGGCCUAUACGGCCUCUGCGCUGGCUUUUUUGCUGGAGAAUUUGGGUAAACCCGUUGUGGUUACGGGCGCCCAGUUACCCAUUUUCGAUAUGCGAACAGAUGGACGGGACAACUUUAUUGGGUCGUUGAUGCUGGCGGGCAACUAUAACAUUCCCGAGGUGUUGAUCGUUUUUGGUGGUCGGGUGUUGCGUGGCUGCCGCAGCACAAAGGUUAACCCGGACUCAUUUCAUGCAUUCGAAUCGCCCAAUCAUCCGUUUCUCGGAACAAUUGGCGCAAAUAUCGACAUUAAUGGCCGCAAAAUAUUUAGAUCCUGCAAUCUGGGUACCUUCUCGCUGCACACAGAGCUGGAGCCUAAUGUGGGUUUGCUGCGCAUCUAUCCAGGCAUCACUGCAGCUGCAGUGCGAGCCUUUCUCAGCGAGCCCAUGAAGGGCGUUGUUAUACAGAGCUUUGGGGUCGGCAAUUUGCCCAGCAACGAUGACGAACUCAUGGAUGAGAUUUGCAAGGCCGUCAAACGUGGAGUCCUGAUUGUGAAUAUAUCGCAAUGUCCAAAGGGCUCAGUUUCUCCCAUUAACGUGGCGGGCACUUGGAUGGAAACGGGCGUGAUCUCGGGCUGUGAUAUGACACAGGAGGCUGCGUUAACAAAGUUAGCCUAUGUGCUUGGCAAAAGGGAAUGGGACUUUUGCAAUAAAAAAAAUAUGCUGGAGGUAAGCUUGCGCGGCGAGAUGACCACCAACAAAGCGGCAAAAAUAAACGAUAUUGAUUUCAUUGAGGGCGUGGCACGCACAUUGCAUUUAUCCAUGUCCAGCGAGCGGCAUCAAAUGUGCUCCAUAUUCUUUCCGGCGCUUGUCGAGGCAGCCGUCAGGGAUGACGAUGUGGUUAAGUUGAAAAAUCUGCGACAAUACGGUGCAAACCUCAGCGAUACCAAUACCGAGGGACGCACUGCACUGCAUCUGGCCUGUUUUCUGGGCAAACAAGACAGCGUCAAGUGCCUGCUGGCAGAGGGUUCUCCCGUGGACCUGACCGAUCGAUUCAAUCGGACGCCACUGCACGAAGCCAUCGAUUCGGAUAAUCAUGAGAUUAUUCAACUAUUGCUAAAGAAGGGCGCUGUGCUGCCGGAAGAGCCAGUGGAGUUGGCAGAGAAACUGCGCUCCCUGACCGAGCAUGACCGAAUCGAACGUCUAGAGUCCUAUCGCUUGGCGGGUGCAAAUCUAGAUGUAGUCGACGGCACCGGUCGUUCAGCGCUUCAUCAUGCAUGCCAGCUGGGCAAAACAGAUGUGGUGAAAUAUCUGUUGCCCUUUUAUGAGAAUCCCAGUAUUAAGGACUCGCUCGGCCUGGGGCCUAUACAAUAUGCCAAGGUGGGCAAUCAUUGUGACAUUGUGGCCAUGUUAUGUGCAAGCAAACAGAAUUAAAUUCCCUGUAUCAAAAGACGAAUAAUUAAAUGGCCAAAUACGGCAACUUGGUUCGAUAUGUGAAGAGCAUUUUCAAAAGAAA